AUGUUGUCUUUAUCUAUUCUGCGCAAGGGCGCCUUGUCGCAUUGCCGCUAUGCUGCACCAGCAACAACUCCGAUUUUGCUCGAUUUCCUCGUCCCAUCAACAUUUAAGCAUGGUCACCGUCGGCAGGCUUCAACUACAGCCGGCACCCCCAGUGGCUCCAAGCCUCUAUAUGUUCUCAGCAAAGAGCAACGGGAAUUCAUGGACAGUGCCCUACGUGUGAACCAAGCUGGUGAACUCGCCGCGACCCUAAUCUACAAAGCCCAAACGCCUCAGAUCGUCCGGUCAUACCCACACCUCCGACCCUUGAUGAAACACAUGUACGAUCAAGAAGCAGGGCACCUCAAAACCUUCAAUCACUUGAUCGCCAAGCAUCAGAUCCGUCCGACAGCCAUGUACCCGGCGUGGGAGGUCGCUGCCACAUUUUUGGGUUGGUCGACUGCGGCAUUGGGUCGCGAAGCUGCAAUGGCAUGCACCGAAGCCGUGGAGACUGAAAUUGGGACACACUACAACGACCAAGUAAGAGAGAUUCUGUCUUGGGAGGCAGAUGCUGAGAGACGGGGGGAGGAGUUGGAUGAAGAACUCAAGGAAAUGUUGGCCACAUUCCGGAGAAUUCGUGACGAGGAACUAGAACAUCUCGACCAUGCCGUGGCCAACGACUCAAAGGAGGCAAGACCCUACGAUCCGCUCGUCAAUAUCAUUCGCUUUGGAUGCAGAACUGCCAUAAAGAUCAGCGAGAAGAUCUGA